AUGCCUAUUUUAUUUACAAAAGGCAAAAUAAAGCUUUAAAUUCACAUAAUUUGCAAUUAAAUUGAUGAUAAAGGUGCAUCAGACUUAGGUUCUGUUUUAGCAAAUUGCAUUAAUCUCUCAAAUUUAACACUUUUACUUUAUUGCAAUUAAAUUGGUGCAACGGGUGCAUCAGGCUUAGGUUCUGGUUUAGCAAAUUGCAUUAAUCUCUCAAAUUUAACACUUAAUAUUAGUUGCAAUUAAAUUUGUGCAACGGGUGCAUCAGACUUAGGUUCUGGUUUAGCAAAUUGCAUUAAUCUCUCAAAUUUAACACUUAAUAUUAGUGCCAAUUAAAUUGGUGAUAAAGGUGCAUCAGGCUUAGGUUCUGGUUUAGCAAAUUGCAUUAAUCUCUCAAAUUUGACACUUCUGCUUUUUUGCAAUUAAAUUGAAGCAACGGGUGCAUCAGGCAUAGGUUUUGGUUUAGCAAAUUGCAUUAAUCUCUCAAAUUUGAUACUUGAUCUUUGUUACAAUAAAAUUGGUGCAAGAGGUGCAUCAGGCUUAGGUUCUGGUUUAGCAAAUUGCACUAAUCUCUCAUAUUUGGCACUUAACCUUAAGUAAAAACAGUUUAUUUGUUUUGGAUUGUGA